CCACGCCCAAAAGCACAUGACUCCGUUGGCACAAAAACAAAGCCCUCAGCUUGUCCCCUCGCUACUCAGAGACUUUGGUGUAUUUGUAUAAUGGCGCAGGCGGGUGUGAUUCUGGAACACGACCAGUUUAACUGUUCGAUCUGUCUGGAUGUGCUGAAGGAUCCUGUCACGGUUCCGUGCGGUCACAGCUACUGUAAAGCCUGCAUUAAAGGCUACUGGGACCAGGACGAUUAUUUGGGGGUGUAUGGCUGCCCUCAGUGCAGGCAGAGCUUCUCUCCCAGGCCUGUGCUGGGCAGGAACACGAUGUUAGCCGACGUGGUGGAUAAACUGAAAAAGACCGCGAUUAAUUCUGCUUCUUCUUCGCUGAAACCCGAGCCCACUCAAGCCGAGUUGGGGGACGUGCAGUGCGACGUGUGCACGGGGAACAGAAACCGAGCCGUUAGGUCGUGCCUGAUUUGUUUAGCGUCUUACUGCGAGGAUCACCUGAAGCCGCACUACGAAUCCGCUGCUUUCCAGAAGCACAAACUCACAGCACCGACCUCCAGCCUGCAGGAAAGCCUGUGUCCCCGCCAUGACAGGCUGCUGGAGGUUUUCUGCAGGACCGAGCAGCGCUGCAUCUGCUAUCUGUGUUUAACCGACGAGCACAAGGGCCAUGACACGGUGCUGGCCUCCGCGGAGAUGACCGAGAGAAAGGACGCUCUGGCGGAAACACAAAGGAAAUCCCAGCAGAGGAUUGAAGAGAGAGAGAAGGAUUUGCAGGACCUGAGGCGAGCCAUUCAGUCUCUCACUCUCUCAGCGCAGGCGGCUCUGGAGGAGAGCGAGCGGAUCUUCACGGAGCUGGUUUGCUCGAUAGAGAGGCGGCGUAAAGAGUUGAAGGUGCUGAUCUGCGCUCAGGAGAGAGUGGCAACGAGCCAAGCUGAGGAGCUUCUCCACCAGCUGGAGCAGGAGAUCGCCGAGCUGAAGAAACGAGACGCCGAGUUAAGCCAGCUCGCUCAAACCGAGAACCAAAUCUCCUUCCUGCAGAACUACGGGUCAGUGUGUGUCCAACCCGUGUGUAUGGACCUUCCCAGCAUCACGGUGGACCCUGGAUUUGCCUGUGUGAUGAAUGCGGUGUCUGACUUCCAAGCUCUGCUCAACGACGUGUGCCAAGGUGGAUUUGUGAAUAUUUCAGAAAUAGCCAGUGAAGUCAAUAUUGUUCAGAAUACCAAGCCAAAGGCUGAUGCAGAGUCGAACACAGAUCUUCAGACAAAUCCGAUCAUUCAAGGUUUUGUUGGCCAAAAUACUUUUAGUGUUGCAGUGCCAACGUUUAGUGGUUUCACAAUGUCAUCAGCAAUUGGCUGCAGAACGUCUCCUCGACUGAGACUUCAUCAGCGGAGAAGACGGCGACUUCUGAUUGGUUGCUGUGAGCUGCUUUGGGCGCAACAUGGAUCGCCUUUCACCUGUGCAACUGUUCCCACGCCCUGUGUGUGUGUGUGUGUGCAUAAAAGCCUCGCUCUGCUUCUCCCUUAUCUGUCAUUAAAAAUGGCAGCCGCAGCUAGUAUCUCGGUGGACGAGGACCACUUCUGCUGUCCCAUUUGUUUGGAGGUGUUGAGGGAUCCAGUGACUAUUCCCUGUGGUCAUAGUUACUGCAUGGAGUGUAUUAAAGGCUACUGGAGGAAAACCGAACACAAGGCGGGUUACACCUGCCCUCAGUGCCGGAGAGGCUUCAACCCGAGACCUGCUCUGGCCAGGAACACUGUGCUGGCAGGUCUGGUGGAGAAGCUGAGGGAGAAGCUGAGGGACGCCGGGAUCCAGGAAGCUCCUCACGCUAAAAUGAUCGACGUGGAGUGUGAUGCGUGUCAGGGGAGAAAACACAGAGCUGUGAAGUCAUGUGUGAAGUGUUUGGCCUCCUAUUGCGAGGCUCACCUCAAACAGCACAAGACACACAAACUAACCGGCGUAACCAGACAACUGCACAAGAGAGUGUGUAAUCGUCAUGGCCGACUGUUCGAGCUUUACUGUCGCACAGAUCAGCAGCUCGUCUGCCCUCUUUGCGUGACGGAUGGACACAGCGGACACCACACGGUGCCAGUUGUCGAGGAGAGGACUGAAAAGCAGAGGCAGUUAGAAGAGGCUUUGAGAAGAUCAAAACAAAGGAGCAAGGAGAAAGAAAAGGAGCUUAGGAACAUCAUGAAAUACCUCAAGCGCUCAGCACAAGCCGUGGAGGAAGACAGUGAGAAAAUCUGCACCAGGCUGCUGCGCUCCAUCGAGAGGAAACACAGCGAGGUUAAGGAGCUGCUCAGAGCUGAAGAGAGAGCCGCACUUGCCAAAGCUGAGGGACUGCUCGAGCAUCUGGACCAACAAACUGAAGAUACCAGGAGGAAAGAAGCCGAGCUGGAGCUGCUCUCAAACACUGACGAUCACAUCCACUUCCUGUUGAAAUGCAAACCCCUUUUGGUUCCUGCUGAUCCUGAUGAGCUGCCUGGCGUUGACGUCCAUCCAUACUUCUCAUUGAUGGUCCUGAGAAGAGCCAUCACAGAGCUGAGUGAGCGAGUGAACGACGUGUGCGACAGGGAGUUAGCCAGGAUCUCAGAUUUAAUAAAAGAUGAGCAGAGUCUGUCAUCUGAAAGCUCUUCCCCAGUUCCUGUAUGUCCUGAAAUUGUUUCUCCUGUGGACCAAGCACAAAGUGAGCCAAAGACCAGAGCCGACUUUUUACAGUUCUGCUGUGAAGUGACAUUGGACCCAAACACUGCCAACUCCUUCCUCUGCCUUUCAGAAGGGAACCGGAAGGUUACCACCUGCUACGAGUCCCAGUACUAUCCAGAACAUCUGGAGAGAUUCAGUGGCUGGGCUCAGGUGCUGGCCAGGGAGCCUGUCUCCACACGCUGUUACUGGGAGGUGGAGUGGAGUGGCAGUGGUGGGAUCGGUAUCGGAGUUUCUUACAAAGGGAGUAACAGGCAUGGCGGGAGCACUGACGGAAAACUAGGCUGCAAUUCCAAAUCGUGGGGUUUGAACCUUUCUGAUGGCCAUUGCAUAUUUCAGCACAAUAAAACCAAGCUGGAGAUCCCAUCUCCUAUUUCAGCCAGGAUAGGUGUGUAUGUGGACCACAAGCCAGGGAUUCUAGCUUUCUAUUGCAUCUCUCCGAGAAGGGACACGAUGACUUUAUUGCACAGGGUACAGACAACGUUCUCCCAGCCUCUGUAUCCCGGAUUUUGGCUUGGCCUUGGUUCCACAGUCAAACUGUGCUCCAUCCUUAACUUCUCAGCUUAGAUAAAUGUGGAAUCCGCAGAACAUCUUAUGCAGCAAGUGGACUUGCGCUAUCUUUACUGUUUAAGCCAAAUUUGUGUUCAGACUUACAUACAAGACUGGCCAGGACAGGUCACGUUCCUUAACUAACCCACAGGCUAGGAAACCAAAAAGUAAAUAACAGUAUUAUUUGGAGGUAAUCAGUAAGCUUAGCUAGCUACCUGAUGUUAACAUGACAGCUGUUUAAACUUUGCACCCGUCAGCAUGUUCCCCACAUAGCCAUAAUCAAGGCCAUCGUAGAUGAAUUCCCAUUUGUGCAAAUUGAUGACAAAUAUUAGGUGCAAUAAAAUUGACGAUGAAAGUCGCAUUACUUUUUGACCCGACUGAUCAUGCCGAGGUCAAACAUCAGAUUUUGGACCAAAUCUGAAUUGAAAAUAUUGGAUUUCAAUGUGAUUUUUGCUGUUAUGGGAUUAAAAAGGAAAACCAUAUAAUAUAUGAGGGAGAAAAGCCUCAGAUUUGGGUGAAGCAGGAAAUCGUAAAAAAUACUGGUCACCAAUAUGAACAGGCUCGUGUCUUCAAGGAUAAAAACAUGCCAUGAUGACAUUUUGGCACUCAUUCAACGGGCUUCAACAAAUGUAAUAAAAUCUGACACCAUGUUUACCACAUACCCAUAACCAAGGCCAUCACAGAUGAAUUCCCAUUGGUGCAAAUUGAUGACAAAGAUUAGAUGCAAAUAGAUGGACAUGACCCUGACCCUUCAUCCUGAGGUCUCAAUGCCACGUAUCAACACCUGUGGUCCAAAUCAGAACGGAUUUUCCCCCACACAGUCAUAAAAAAAAAAAAAAAGGAAAUCUGUAUCACCUAUGUGGGGAAAACCCGGGAAGUGUGAAAUUGUAAUAAAUAUCGAACUAAUCUUAACAGGCUAGUCUCUUGAAAACGAAAUUCUUUUAGCCUUGAAGAUGUUUUGCCAUGCCAGACAUGCCAACAUUGCUAAUAAACCAGAAUUUUACCACAAAAACCUUGGCAUUUUUCAGUGGACAGGAUGGCUUUAUGGUGUUAACACAUAUUACUAAAAUGAAAAAUCAAACAAAUCCAAAAUCUACCAAAGGAAGACUGUAAAAUAACUCACCACAUUAAAAAUGAGAAAGACCUCAUGAUACAUAAUGAAAGACAAUAUUAAAUGCAAAAAAAAUAAAUAAAUAAAAAAAACCCUCCCCUUUUGUUUUCAAAUGGCUCGUGCAUUCACAGUUCAAAGGUCACCUAGAUAAAGUCAACACAAUGGGAAAGUAACUUUCAUUUAUUGUUGUAGCAAGUGAUCAAAAAAAUGCUACGGUAGAACUGUAAAUGUUGGCACCCCUGCUGUUCAUUCGCUAAGCUUCACUGGUUUCCAAUCUUCACACAAAAUUCACAUCAUUCCAU